AUUUCAGUCAGAUUGCUCUCAGCACUGAUACUACGUGGAACGCCAUUUCUGAAAAGUCUUAUAAGUGUUCUGUGAAUAAAAUUUCAGUAAAAAUCUCCCAUCAUCUAUCAUGUCCGAACGCGAAAAUAACGUUUAUAAAGCUAAAUUGGCUGAACAAGCCGAGCGCUACGAUGAAAUGGUUGAAGCAAUGAAAAAGGUCGCUUCCCUUGACGUCGAACUGACAGUGGAGGAACGAAAUCUCUUGUCGGUCGCCUACAAAAAUGUAAUUGGAGCUCGACGUGCAUCAUGGAGAAUCAUUUCCUCGAUCGAGCAAAAAGAGGAAAAUAAGGGAGCCGAAGAAAAGCUCGAAAUGAUCAAGAACUACCGCGGUCAAGUGGAGAAGGAAUUGAGAGAUAUCUGUUCAGAUAUUUUAAAUGUUUUAGACAAACAUUUGAUUCCAUGCGCAUCAACUGGUGAAAGCCGUGUAUUCUACUACAAAAUGAAGGGUGAUUAUCACCGUUACUUGGCUGAAUUCGCAACGGGAACCGAUCGUAAGGAUGCGGCCGAAAAUUCGUUAGUAGCGUACAAAGCAGCCAGUGAUAUUGCUAUGACUGAUCUUCCACCAACACAUCCCAUCAGACUGGGUCUGGCUUUGAACUUCUCGGUGUUUUAUUAUGAAAUCCUAAACUCCCCGGACCGUGCCUGCCGACUAGCAAAAGCAGCAUUCGAUGAUGCCAUUGCCGAAUUAGACACCCUCAGCGAAGAAAGUUAUAAAGAUUCCACCCUUAUUAUGCAGCUUUUGAGGGACAAUCUCACAUUAUGGACAUCAGAUAUGCAGGGCGAUGGCGAAGGUGAACAAAAAGAACAAAUCGAAGAUAUUGAGCACCAGGACGUGUCGUAAUUUUAGCAAAGUGUGUCUGUGUGAGUUAUUAAUCUUAAGGAUGAAUAAAGAUAAGAUAAUAUAAAUUAUAUACAUAUAAGUGUAUUGUUUUGUCUGGAAAAACAACAACAACAACUAAAAAAAAAGAAGAAGAAAAAAGGAAAAGCUAAAAUUACAAAAAAUUAAAAUUAAAAGAAAACAUUUUCAAAAACAAACAAAAAACUUUCAUCUACCAAAAUGAAGCAAAAAAAAUCCGAGUAAACUUAAACUAAAUAAAGAAGAAAAACAGCAAAAACCGAUUUAUAAAAAGAAAAACAGUUAAAAAAAUGGGUGAAGAAAGUAAAACUAAAAGCAAAAACACAAACAGAAAAAAAACUUUCUAAUCUCCGGUAAAAAUUGUCAUAAAUUGUAUUUUUCAUUGAACAAAGUAUAAAGCAAAAAAAUUGUCAUUAAACACACCCACGCACACACUGUCGUUGCGUUU